AUGUCCACCCUCACCGACAACGCAACCGUUGCGUACCCGUCUGUGGAUAUCCGGACGGACCUGCCCGUCAUCGACCAGUGGAUCGAGCGCUUCGAUUCGAUCUACCAGGAGGCCGGCCCGGACGACACCCGCAUCCCCUGGUCGCACGCGCGCGCCAACCCGGCGCUCAUCGCGUGGCUCAACGUCCAGGCGAGCUGCAUGGUCCGUCCCGGCGCCCGCGUCGCCGUCGUCGGCUGCGGGCUCGGGCGCGACGCCGCCGCCCUCCUCGAACGCGGCUACGACGUCUGCGCCUUCGACGCCUGCGCCCACGCCAUCGCGGCCGCGAAGGAGCUCCACCCGGCGCACGAAUCCUGCUUCCACCAGAUGGACCUCCGCGACCUGCCCGCGAAGAUGACGAGCCGGUUCGACCUCGUCGUCGAAGUCCACACCAUCCAGUCCCUCCCCGUUGAGACGCGCCCCGCCAUCGCGUCCGCCAUCGCUUCGCUCCUUAAUCACCGGGGCGUCCUCAUCGCCAUCGCCCGCGGACGCGCGGACGACAUCCCCGUGGCUACCCUCGACGGCCCCCCCUUCCCGCUCACCGCGUCGGAACUGGAAGCGCUCUUCGCACAAGGCUGUGGCCUGACGCUCGACCGCCCGAUCGACGACUACGAGUCUCGUGGUAUCAUCGCGCCCAUGCGCACGAUGAUCCCGCUCAGCGUUGUCGCCCUCGCCGCCGCCGCGUCAAUCGCAGCGGCGCUCGCCGACAAGCACCCCGUCCUCACCGAGGUCCUCUUCAACGUCCCGCGCGGGGACGACGGCGACGCCAACGGAGACGGCCACCGCUCCUCCGCCGGCGACGAGUUCUUCGAGCUCCACAACCCGCACGACGAGGCGAUCAACCUCCGCGGCUACGUCUUCGCCAACCGGCUGCAGUUCCGCAAGGGGAGCGAGAAGCGCGCCGUCGUCUUCCGGUUCCCGAAGUUCGAGCUGCCCGCCGGCGCGACCGUCGUCGUCUUCAACGGCUACGACUCGGAGUUCACCGGCCCCGUCGGCACCACCGACCGCGCCCCGGACGGCCCCAACGACGCCUUCGGUGGCGCGUACGUCUUCACCAUGGAGAACACGAGCCAGUUCCGUGCGCUCAACAACACCGGCGACUACGUCGUCCUCGUCGCGCCGGGGAUGAAGUUCGUCGACGCCCUCGUCUGGGGCAAGCCGGACGAGGACCUCCCCGACGGCGUGAGGGCUAUCAUGGCCCCGUCCGCGUCCAUUCUCGCGGACCAGACCUACCGCGAGGAGCACCGCCCCAUGGCGUGGAUCACCAAAAACUCGGGCACCGCACAGAUCGAGAAACGCGCCGAGCCGUGGCUCACCCAGGCCAUGAAGGACACGGUCACCGAGACCUACCUCCCCCGCUACGAGACCAAGCAGGGCGCCCUCAUCCCCACGCUCCACAAGAUCCAGCACGAGUACGGCUGGAUCCCCCACCAGGCCAUGAUGGAGAUCGCCGAGUUCCUCGAGCUCGCCCCCGCCGACGUCCUCGACACCGCCAGCUUCUACGAGGAGUUCUGGCUCAAGCAGAAGGGCGAGCACGUCAUCGCCGUCUGCCGCUCCAUCGCCU